CCUAGGUAGGUAGUCAAUCCCCCCUACUUGCCUACCUACCUACUACCAACCGUCAAGAACGCGCCGCCCUUUUUUCCCCCAGCCUGAAACUCACUUUUUCUAGCCCUUGAACGCCCGUUUAGGAUCUGGUUUCACUCAUUUUUCUUCUUAUUUUCUCUCCCGCUUGCCACAGCAGCCAGCCAUCUCGGCCUAACCUUACUUACUCUCUCCAGCCAGAGCAACGUCGCGUCUGUCCCAGUCCCACCUUCGUGCUGGCCACCCCGUCGCAUCUCUCAUCACAUCACAACAACUAAUUUGUGAGCACAACACCACGUUUGAACGCUCUACCAGAGAAGGGAGGGGGGCAAAAGGAAGCAGUGGUCAUCGGGCAGGUAGGGUCUUCGCUUUUCAGACGCGAUUAAUGACCGGGGGUUGAAAACACAUUCAUUCCUCGUCAUAAGACUCUGGCUCUUACCUGGAAGCCUUCAAUGAGCCACCCGCACUAAAGACUAUCCUACUCCUUUUCACCCCGUCCAAGUGGGCUUGCGAAGCAAGGGGCUACCGCGCCCAAGGCAGAUUGAAGUCAUUCAAUCGUCUUUAGCCUUACUCGGAAACCCAAAACGAGACCUGUCUCUUCUGUCUACCUUCUCAUGGUCCCCCUUCGCCAGCUAUGACGCUUCCUUCGCGGCGCCAGCGCAGUACCCCGUUUCUUCAGAGGAACAUCUUGCAAGGCAUGGGCAAUACUCAGUCGUCGGCUCAAAAGGCCGCCGCUUCCGGAGAUGUUCCCAAUGGCCACAACGACGGCCGCCCGACCAAGCGCCGCUGCUUUGACGCCGAUCACCAACUCGCAGACCAGAUCUUCCAAGCUCGAGAUGUCGGCGAUCUGCAGCGCAAUCUGCGCGUCCAAGUCAACCGUAUCUUUCACAAGGCCUCGAAGAGGGUCGCCGCCGCCUCUUCCGACGAUGUCGUCAACCUCAAAGCACGGUGCAAGGUCUCACUUUCACACGUGACCAACGCUGGCGACGUCCUGUUGUACUGUAACAGUCAACUGUGCGAUAUCAGAUCUUUCAAGGAUCCCGGCGGACCAUACCGCAUGGCCCGCAUAGGCCUGCCGCGCCCCUUUUACAUUCCCGAAGACAGCAUGCGUAUCAAUCGCGAUGACGACGGCUCCUUCGACCUAGCUGACUCUUAUCGCCUUUGCGUCGAGCUGGAAGCCGCUGGCCCAACCUUCUGGCCGCCCAUCAUCAUCAACAACCCUUCCGGCGAUGAGCAUGCCUCUUCUCGGCAGUCAGACACCAUACACUGGGUGCUCACGGCAGCCUCAUCCGACCUGUUUUCCAGGCGGCGGACGUUGCUGAACCUCAAAGUCAAGAAGAGUCCACAGUUGCUCGCACCAACGGACCACGUCAUCGAUGUGGACGCUUCGUGGGCCACCGCCUUCGAGGCAGGUCAGAUUCGGGCUGUGGAAUCGGGCGUCGAACCCUCCAUCACUGUGUCUGGGCAGGACACCCUGGUCUACGAGGCCACUGAUACCAUCAUUGAACCGCCGUAUGAGAGCCCUCCCGGAACUCCAGUCAGGGCCCUUAGCAACAGCUAUGUCAAUGGAGAUGCCCAUGGCGAUGAAGAGGCCGAAGAAGAACUCACACCCAACCGGUCGCUUCGAGUGCGCGGCGCCACCAAAAACUACAACCUGAAAGUUCUCAGUGACAAGGCUCAAGGAAAGGACAAGAAACGCAAGAAACGCGGAGCCGCGAGCGCUGUCGAGGAAGGCAGCGUUACCUACUAUCUGCCCAGCGAAAAAGUCUGCCUGGAUUCCUACCGCUGCAUCACAUGCGGCAUGCCACAUGGCUCUUUUCCCCAGCUUCACGCGCAUCUCAUAAGCCUACAUGACGAGUAUGAAUACCGCCCGCAGUCCCGUACAAAAGGCGCAGAGUUCGAGGUCGCGCAUCGUUACGAAACAUAUUCGUUCGGUCCUGAGCCGUUCGCUCUCCGCCGACCCACCAAGGCGUUCGACUUGGACCAAUUUGCCGAAGGAAACCUAUCAUUUGUGACUUCCCGCUUCGAGACUGAGGACAAGAGCACAGCAGGAGCUCCGCCCCUGGGCGGCCGGCCUAGCAGACAGCCGCUCACCAAGCCCGUACAGGCUCCUUCGAAAUUGAUCAUUCCGGAUAUCGGGCAGCCGCUGUAUGACCCGAUUACCAGGGCCGAGUUACAACCAGGCACCGAGUACAGAAAGCCAGAAGCUAGCCAUGAAUGGCUUAUCCAGUGGCAUCGAGACGCCCUUGCAGAUUUCUCAGAUGUCCCACCCGACGAGAUGGAGUACAUGCAGGAAUGGGACAAGUUCAUGCUCGCGAAGCGCAUCACAUCAAACAUUUAUUUCUCUCCUGCCUGGCUGAGCUUCGUCAAGAUCAAAUCGGAUUGGCUGCUUUCGUCUCCUUCCCGCAUGCUGGAGUUUGGAAAGCAUCUUACAUACCUCUUAGUCCGAGGCAGCCUCGACCAUGAGACUGUCGAAGAAGCCCUCAAGCACAUUGCUGCUUGCAGGAAGAGGCUUGACAUGGAGAACGGCAAACACCCCGCAGCGGCACCUAAGGAACCACCGCAGGGACCCCACGUUAGGAAGAGCGCUGGUGGUUGCCAGGUCUGUGGACUCGUCGUCCUCGGACCAAGGUUGCUGCUGUGUGCCAACUCUGAUUGCGCGAAGCGUCUCUAUCAUUCGGAUUGCAUAAGAGAUAACGCAAAGAUGAACGUCGAGGAUCCUGACUGGGUUUGUAACCAGUGCUUUGAAACACAAGUUGCGGAGCACAUCUAGGAGAUCCAGCAACCAGCAACCAGCAGAAGAACCAAAGCCAAGGCCGGAUCCAGUGCCAAAGGCCAAGCACACCCUUGAGCCAAAAACGCGCUUGUUUAUAAGACAUGUUUGAUGUUUGGUGGUUUCAGAAGAGGAGGGUGUUGAGCUUUAGGAAGCUCCCACCUUUGAUAGCUAGCAAGCGGAUGCAUCUACCUGCAUUAGGCAUUUGGCGUAGCAUGAUGACUGAGAGAUGCCCAGUAGGUAUAGAUACCUACAGGCGUUGGACAUGAUUAGUAAUUGACUUCACUCGCGAAUGAUAACUACUUGACAAAUAAA